CCGCCGAGCAGCCGGCGCCGCCGCCCAAGCCGGCGCGCGCCACCUACCAGGGUCGGUUCCGCGCCACGCCAAAUCUGGUGACGGCCGAGGGACACAAGCUGGCCCGCGAGGGCCUGCAGCUGCUGCUGACGCUGCUGCCACCCACCUGCCGCCGCCAGCUGCAGCUGCUGCUCCAGUUCAUGCACAAGGUGGCCGGCAACCAGCGGCUGCAGCUGUCCCACCCGGCCGGCAGCCGGGACCUGAUGGUGAGCACGUUUGCCGGUCGCAUCCUGAGCCCGCCGGCGGAGCGGGAGGCGUGCGAUACUGUGCUGGCGCGCCGCCUCGUCGGCUACCUGCUCGACCACCACUCGGAGAUCUUGGCGCCGGCCGUGCAGAUCCGCGACGCCGUCCGCGACCGCGUCCAGCAGCAGCAGCGAGAGAAGGUGCAGUACGAGGAGACCCCGAUCACCUACUGUCAGCUGAUGUCUGCCGAGCAGUACGGCCGCGACCGUCUGGCGCGCACCUCCGACUCGCUGCUCUCCCUGCUCGACGUCAUCAUCGCCGACACGGCCAUGUCGCGCAAGGACAAGCGCAAGAAGCUCCAGCAGUUCCGUGACACAUACCCGGAGAUCUACAGCCGCCGGCUGCUGGAGGCCGACCGGCAGCUGCUGGCCGCCGGCGACACGCGCCGCACGCGCUCCCUCUUCUCGGGCGCAUCGCUCAGCUCGCUCGUCCGCUCCAAGUCGCUCCGCAUCUGAGGCCGACAUGGCUCGCCGGAAGUGUGUCGUGGUCCGGUCACGCGCGGCACGUGCUCGCCGAGGCGUCUGGACGCGUCGUCAGGUCCGGGAAUGCCCGGCUGACAGCGUCUGCGGCGGCCCAUCCUCAUGAUAUCCGGACGAAUUCCUGCUUGUUUUCCGCGUGGCGCACAAUGAAAUCUCAGAGCGCUUGGACAAGUCGCCGUGCCGGCCGGCCCGCGUGCCGCGCGUCACUAGCCGCCGUGAUGUGCGCACCUCGCCGCCGUGCUGUGCGCCCGCUUUGAGCUCCCGGCUGUCCGGGGCGAUCAAAGCGGCCACAGCGACCGGCCUCUCGGCCUGCGAGUCAACUACGAUGUGCUGCUAUAGUGUAUAUCCAACGUCAUCAGGGUUUUGGGCCUGCGCGAUCUUGCAUGUCCAUAUCGCACGCCGGUUUUAAUCUUGCUAGCAAUAAUACACGGUCUGCGUUUAUCACAGCCGCACGCACUGGCACAUUUUCGGGUGUUUGCAAGUGUGAGCCACAAUACAAUCACUUCUUCA